AUGUCGCGGUGCGGGGCCGUCGCGAGGCCGCUCGCACGGCAAUUGCUGCCGCUGCGCCGCUUCACGACCACAACGACAGCCCGACAGCAGCAGCAGCAGCAGCAACAGCAGUCUGAAGCUCCCUCAUCAUCAGCCUCGACCACCUCCUCCUCGUCAACACCAGCCCAGCAGCCCUCCCCCCUCGACCUCGACCCCGACACCGUCCUGCCCGAGUUCGAGGCCCCGCUCAUCAAGGCCGGCAAGAUGCCCGUCGGCUCGCGCCGCCGCCGCGUCGCCCUCCGCAGCACCACCGACCUCGGCCUGCCCUUCGAGCAGCUCCCCUACCAGGCCUUCCAGGAGGCCCGCGCCGUGCUGGCCGCCGACCGCGCCGACAAGCUGGGCCAGAUCCGCACCCAGCUGGGCCGCAUCGCACGCCUCGAGGGCGCCGACCCGGCGGCCGUGCGCGGCGGCCAGCGCAUGCGCGACACGCGCCUCGCCAGCCUGCGCAGGCACGUCGAGCGCCUCAAGAUCCUGGCCGACGCCAACGACCCGCUCGUCAAGAAGCGCUUCGAGGACGGACUGGGCGACAUGAACAAGCCCAUCUACCGCCACUACGCCGAGAAAAAGUGGCGCGCCUACGACCGCCGCCUCAUCGCCCAGCGCAUCAAGCAGUUCAGCAUCGUCCCCGACCUGCUGCCCAAGCUCGACCCCACGGCCGACGUGCAGCUCUUCUUCCGCCGCGCCAAGGUGCCCCCCGGCGCCGUCGUCGACAGCGCCGUCAGCGAGCCCGCCCCGCGCCUGCGCGUCCAGCUCUUCGACCGCGGCGAGCGCCUCGUCACCGUCGCCGUCGUCGACGCCGACGUCCCCGACCUCGCCGCCGACGCCUUCUCCAAGCGCUGCCACUUCCUCGCCGCCAACGUGCCCCUCAGCCCCACGAGCGCCUCCCUGCCCCUCGCCCGCCUGCGCCCCCAGGACCAGCUCGCCCUCCCCUGGCUGCCCCCCGCCGCCCAGAAGGGCAGCCCCUACCACCGCCUCGCCGUCGUCCUCCUCGAGCAGACGCCCGGCCAGCCGCCCCUCGACGUCGACAAGCUCCGCGCCCUGCCCCGCGACGGCUUCUCCCUUAAGUCCCUGCGCGACAGGUUCGCCCUCGCCCCCUUUGGCUUCACCAUGUUCCGCUCCGUCUGGGACGACAACACCGCCGCCGUCAUGGCCCGCCACGCCAUCCCCGGCGCAGACGUCGAGCUGCGCCCCGCCCGCGUCCGCAGCCUCAAGCCCCCCGUCAAGCCCCGCGGCUGGGAGGCCAAGCGCCAGGGCCCCAAGUACCGCCACCUCUGGAAGUACACCAAGCGCAUCCGCGGCAUCUCCAACGCCCGCGGCUGGAUCAAGAAGAGGUAG